UAUAAAUUUAGAACAAUAUGUAGCACAAUAGAUGAAAAUAUAAAAUUUAAAAAGUGCAGGUUUAUUUUCACAGACUAAUGGGCGAGACAUUCAAUUCGCUGUUUCGGUGUGUGUCAUCGUGUCCGGAGCGGGAUCUCUUUGCGACCGGCUCAGGCUGCGGGACUAUAUACGUGUUCGAUUCGAGAUCGAGAAAUAACCCGAUCAGUCAUUACCGACCUCACACUAGAUACGUGAGUAGGCUGGCCAUGAACACGGAAUACAUUCUGUCCAUCAGCGAAGACAGUACGAUGUCCGUUUGGGAUCAAAGAGCCGGACGAACCAUGAAGUCUAUCACAUUUUCAGAUGUAACGCCCCACACGGUCCCCAGGUGUAUAAAUAUGCGACGGGAUUUGGUUUUCGUUGGAACCGUAACAUGGGCCAUAUGCUCCUCGAAAUUGCACGUGCUAAAUCCAAAGGACGAUUUCAAGAUAGUGAAAUCUUAUUCUACUAAGCAUACCGACAUUAUAACGGGAGUGCAUCUGACGCACGGAUGCCUGAUAACAAGUUCCAGGGACGGCACUGUCAAAAUUUCGAGCCUUACGGAUCUGUCAAAGCCCAUCGCUACUUUACGUACAGAGAUAAGACAUAUCUUAAACAUGGACUAUCGGAAUGACACUCUCGCAGUAUCCGGUGACGGUAUCGAGGUAUGGUGUCCGAAGUUGACGUGUUCAACGAAACAACAAUAAAUAGAAAGUUUCUAUACGUAAUCUAUAGCUAUUUUACAGCUGUAUUUCUUCGAUAUGUGCGAUGUAUGUUCUUAGUUUUUACUAAUUGUAAGGUACUAUUCGAACGCGUCUCUUUAAUGUACACACAAUGUAAUAUAUUCGCAUACUAUUCCUCAAAAUUAGAAAUACGUGUUGUUUUGUUCAAAAUUCUUUCGAGUAAAAGUUUUACUAACAUUACUUACGAUUAUAAGCUGAGCGAUAAUCAUAG